AUGGCUGCUACCACUUCCUACGGCGGCGAAAACCAUGGAAUUCAAGUUGCGCAGAACUAUGCUCCUAUCACUGUAAACCGGGUCGAAUCAUCUUCGGAUCAAGCAUGUCUUCGGGAUUUGCGUACGACUAAUCCUUACGAUGAUAAGAGCCGCAUUCAGAACACCAACGGAGGGCUGCUUAAGGAUUCAUACCGCUGGAUCCUAGAGAACAAAGAGUUCAAACAAUGGCAAGAAAGCGAGAACAACCGUCUCCUCUGGGUUAGAGGCGACCCCGGCAAGGGCAAAACGAUGCUGAUGUGCGGUAUCAUCGACGAAUUGACACGAUUUCAUGGGAACGACGCGCACUCACAUAUCUCCUUCUUUUUUUGCCAAGCCACCGACGAUCGCAUCAAUAAUGCUGUAGCCCUUGUCCGGGGCUUGAUUUACCUACUUGUGAGGAAGAGCCCAGCUCUUCUUUCUCACGUGCGGGGUCAUUAUAAGGAAGCAGGCAAGGCCCUAUUUGAGGAUGCUAAUGCUUGGAGUGCACUCUCGGCUAUCUUUACGGAUAUCCUGAAUGACCCUACUUUGAACAAUACUUAUAUCAUUAUUGACGCCUUGGACGAGUGCACAAAUGGACGUCGUUCCCUUCUGGAUUUGAUCGUGCAACAGUCAUCAACCCAUCUAAAGAUCAAGUGGAUCGUCUCAAGCCGGAACUGGCCUGAUAUCAUUGAGCGUCUUGAUAUUGCAACUCAGAUAGCUCCUAUCUCAUUGGAGCUAAAUGAGGUCUCCGUGUCCGAAGCUGUGAGAAAAUUCAUUCAACACAAGGUUGAGAGUUUGGCGACAGUCAAAAAAUACAAAGAAAGCACCCGUGUUAGAAUUUACGACCACUUAUUGCUAAACUCGCAAGGUACAUUUCUGUGGGUAGCCUUAGUCUGUCAAAAUCUUGAUAGAACACUACCGAGGCAUGCUAUCAAGAAGCUAGAGGCAUUCCCUCCUGGAUUGGAUGAUUUGUAUAGCCGAAUGAUAGAUCAGGUUCGCUGGUCUGAAGAUGCCGAACUUUGCAAGCAGAUCCUAGGCAUCAUGUCAACAGUUUACCGACCUAUUACUCUUAGCGAGCUGGCUUCACUCAUUAAACUGCCCGAGAGUGAUGAUAACAAUGACUAUAGCGAAGAUGAUGGUUAUGAAGCCCUCUCAGAGAUCAUCACAGUUUGUGGGUCAUUCCUGACGCUACAAGAAGAUACUAUUACAUUCGUCCAUCAGUCUGCAAAGGAUUUUCUACUUCAGGAAGCCCUGGAAGAGAUAGCCCCGAGAGGUACAGGAGCUACGCACUAUAUGAUUUUCUCACGAUGCCUUGAAGUGAUGCUCAAAACACUUCGACGUGAUAUCUUCAACAUUAAGCUCCCUGGAUUCUCAGUCAAUGAUGUAAGACAACCUAGCCCGAAUCCACUAGCAGCAGCAGAAUAUGCAUGUGUCUAUUGGGUAGACCAUCUUCAAGGUAGCGAGCGGAAUGAAUACUAUGAACUUAGCCUCAAUGAGGGAGGUUGCGUCGAUGUGUUUUUACAAAAAACUUACCUUUACUGGCUUGAGGCUCUCAGCAUUUUGAGAAGUGUUUCACACGGCAUUCAAGUAAUGCAACGACUUGCGAUGCUAACUCAGAUAGUCAUAAUCUGGGAUCCGGCUACUAGCCGGAGUAUUUCUACUCUAAAGGGACAUGCCAAUUCAGUUGUUUCCAUCUCUUGGUCACCAGAUGGAAGCCAACUCGCAUCGGCGUCUGAUGAUGAGACAGUCAUGAUCUGGGAUAUAGCCUCUGGCCAACGACUGUUUACUCUUGAAGGGCAUGAAAAUUCGGUCUAUUUGAUCACUUGGUCACCAGAUGGAAGCCGACUCGCAUCGGAGUCUGAUGAUAAUACAGCCAGGAUCUGGGAUCCGACUACAGGCCAGAGUAUUCAUACUCUUGAGGGGCAUAUACCUCAUAAGUUGUUUACUUCAAUCUCUUGGUCACCAGAUGGAAGUCAACUCGCAUCGGCGUCUGAUGAUGAGACAGUCAGGAUAUGGGACACGAUCACUGGCCAGAGGGUGUCUACUCUUAGGGGCCAUGCUGGCAUGGUCUCAUCGAUCGCUUGGUCACCAGACGGAAGCCGACUCGCAUCGGGGUCUCAUGAUAAGACAGUCAGGAUCUGGGAUCCAGCUACUAGCUACCUACAGAGUAUACCUACUCUAGAGGGCCAUAAUGGCUUAGUUAGCUUAGUUGCCUGGUCGCUAGAUGCAAGCCAACUCGCAUCAGCAUCCGGUGCAGAUGAUCAUACAGUGAUGAUCUGGGAUCCGGCCACUGGCCAGAGUAAACGUACUCUUCAAGGGCAUACAAACACGGUUAUGUCAAUCGCCUGGUCGUCAGAUGGUGGGCGAAUUGCAUCGGCAUCUAGUGGUAAUAUAGUUAUUAUUUGGGAUCUGGCUACCGGCCAGAGUAUAUAUACUCUAAAGGUGGGUACUACCCUUACAUGCCAGUUCCGGGAGUUGAUCUCCUGGUCGCCAGAUGGAAGCCAACUCGCAUCAGCAUUAAGUGACACCACAGUCAUGAUCUGGGAUACAGCCACUGGCCAGAGCCUCUCUACCCUUUGUGGGCAUAAAUCUUAUGUCACAUCACUUUCCUGGUCGAAAGAUGGAAGCCGACUGGCAGUCGCGUCUGAUGAUACUAUCAGGAUCUGGGAUUUCACUACAGGCCAAAGUAUAGAUACUUUUCAGUGGUUUAUGGAUGAGAUGGAUGAUUCCGAUCUUAGUGAUGAAUUCUUAUCAGAUGAGAUGGAUGAUUUCGAUCUUAGUGAUGAUCACUUAGUAUCAACUGCCUGGUCGCCAGAUGGAAGCCGACUUGCAUCAUCGUCCUAUAGAAAUAUAGUCAAAAUCUGGGACCCAGCCACCGGUCGGAACGUAUCAACUUUCCGCAACUCUCUCAAUGAUCCAGGCUCCGUUCAAUUCAAUGAAUCCAAUCCGAACUAUCUGCAGACUAGUAUGGGUUCGUUUGAUAUCAGUUCGUUUGAUAUCGGUUCAGUUGAUUCCGACCAACCAUUGAUGCAUCAUGACUUGAGUUUAUCGCCCGAACAACACAUGUACGGAUAUGGUUUGAAUCAUGACUCUUCCUGGGUAACUCACAAUGGAGUUAAGAUCCUGUGGCUGCCCGCUGAGUACAGACCGAGUGAUUUCUCUCGUUUCGCCAUAUCGGGAACAAAUCUGGCGAUCGGGUGUUCAUCAGGGCAUGUUAUAUUUCUUGCGCUCGCAGAAAGAAGUUCCAUCCUCGCUCGGUGA